CAACUGCUUGUGAGGCAAUUGCACCCACUUCAUGCCCCAAUCCUUGACAUUUCUUGAGAGUUGUAUAAUCAAUGGUUCUUACGUUUUAUUUCAAACGUGAAGAUCAUCUCCACCAAAAACCGGAGCAGUAAUCGGGUCAACCAUCCACCGCCAUUUGGCGCAAUUGAAUCGGCCCACGGCUUGAUAGAAAGCCGACUUGCGUCGAACAAUCUCGUAUUGGGCCAUUGCUCUCUUGUCCGCUCUCAAGAUGUCAAAUACCAGCUUCCCUGAUGCGUCGGAUUCGACACAUCGAACAACUCGUAUAGUAUCAGUCAUAGCAGCCACAGCCGUCGCGUUGGCAUGUGGCACGAAUUAUGUAUAUUCGGCAUGGGCGCCGCAAUUUGCGGAGAGAAUGAAGCUCUCAUCGACACAAAGCAAUCUGAUUGGCUCUGCGGGAAAUCUUGGCAUGUAUGGCUUCGGUAUCCCAGUGGGAUUAUUGGUAGAUAGAAAGGGUCCUCGCCCGGGUGUGAUUUUGGGCUCACUUCUUCUACUCGUGGGAUAUCUUCCCAUGCAUCUUGCUUAUGAUGCUGGCCCUGGCUCGAUAAGCGUUGCUGCCCUAUGUUUCUUCUCUCUUUUGACCGGGUGUGGAAGUUGUUCAGCGUUCUCUGGGGCGAUCAAAUCCUCGGCACUCAACUGGCCCCACCAUCGUGGAACAGCUACGGCUUUUCCUCUUUCUGCAUUUGGUCUCAGCGCAAUCUUCUUUUCGACCAUCUCUUCUCUGAUUUUCUCCGACAAUACUUCGGGCUUUCUCUUGCUCCUGUCCAUUGGCACAUUUGGUCUCACACUCGUUUCGGUAUUCUUCCUGCGAAUAGUUCCUCAGACCGGAGCGUAUACUCGCAUACCGGCCCACGAAAGGCGGAACUCAGACCCUCACCGUGCUCACCGGAGAAAGUCCGAACAGGGUCAUUACCAGAACAAUGCAGAAGAACCUGACGAAAUUUCUUCCCUUCUUUCUACCUCUCCUGAUCCAGAACAAUCUGCCACCGAUUUGCCUAGAGCGAAGAUUGACGAAGGUCACAACCACCAUCUAGAUAUUCGGGGCUUGGUUCUACUCUCGAAACCCGAUUUUUGGCAGCUCUUUUCCUUGCUGGGACUCCUGACAGGUGUAGGAUUGAUGACCAUCAACAACAUUGGAAGUGAUGCCCGAGCCCUAUGGAUUCAUUAUGACGAUAGCGUGCCGCGUGAAUUCAUUCAAAACCGUCAGGUCGUCCACGUCUGCGUGCUUUCAGCUAUGAAUUUCCUUGGGCGUCUCUCAAGCGGGAUCGGUUCUGAUCUGAUUGUAAAGAGAAUGGGUAUGAGUCGUUUUUGGUGUGUUAUUGCUGCGAGUACAGUAUUUUGUGUCGCGCAACUUUCCGCCACGCAAAUCAACAAUCCGCAUUCAUUAUUCGUGGUAUCUGGUCUGACUGGAUUGGGUUACGGUUUUCUGUUUGGUGUAUACCCGGCAUUGGUAUCGGAGAAGUUUGGCGUUCAUGGUCUCUCUCAGAACUGGGGCUGCAUGAUUUUCGCUCCUGUCAUCAGCGCAGAGCUAUUUAACCUGAUUUACGGGGCCGUCUAUGAUAAGCAUUCGGUUGUACUGCCCGACGGCGAGCGUCAAUGCCAGGAAGGUCUCGCCUGCUACCGAGAAGCAUACUGGGUUACCCUCGGCGCAAGCGUCCUCGGUCUUUGCAUCUCAUUCUGGUGCGUGUAUCACGAGCGCGCUGAGCAAAAGAAGCUUGCCAGAAGAGAGGGGCUCGAGGCCGGUCACGAAUCCUAAACUCGUCAAGUAUAUGUGAUUUUGAGCACCUGGUUGCAUUCUUUUUGGUGGCCUUAGGGAGCGUUUUUAUCUUUACUAUAGAAGAUUGGUCACGAGAACAAGGAUGCUGGAUAUUCUUAUACCUGCGACAAGUAAGAUCAGCUUGGUUAUUAGCACGCCAAACUCAUCGAGCGGGUAAUCUAUUUUCGCGUCUACACGUCUACGGGCUUUGGCAUGUUUCACCCGGGCCGUUGAGCGGCCUUGAUAGCGUUGCAGCUUUUAUAGAUUUUUCAUAUUUAUAGAUUUAUUUCAUAUUCAAGCCAGC